AUGGCUCAUUUGCGUGUAAGCACCAAGGUCAUUGUUGUCGGAGGAGGCGGCACGAUGGGUUCUUCGACCGCGCUGCACCUCAUACGUUCUGGAUACACUCCUUCGAACAUUACCGUCCUUGAUGUAUAUCCAAUCCCAUCACUGCAGUCCGCAGGCCACGACCUUAAUAAGAUCAUGGGCAUCCGAUUACGCAAUGGACCUGAUUUGCAACUUUCGCUGGAGUCUCUCGACAUGUGGAAGAACGAUGAGCUAUUCAAACCUUUCUUCCACAACGUUGGCAUGAUUGACUGUUCGUCGUCAGAAGAGGGGAUUGAAAACCUUCGACGGAAAUACCAAUCCCUCAUCGAGGCGGGUAUCGGGCUAGAGAAGACGAACGUCUGGUUAGAAAAUGAGGAUGAAAUCCUGGCGAGAGCGCCACACUUCACGCGGGAACAGAUCAAGGGUUGGAAAGGCUUGUUUUCCAGUGAUGGGGGCUGGCUUGCUGCAGCCAAAGCCAUCAAUGCGAUAGGCGAGUUCUUAAAAGGCCAAGGCGUCAAUUUCGGAUUUGGCGGUGCCGGAUCAUUUAAGCGACCUCUGUUCGCCGCCGAUGGAACGACCUGCAAUGGCGUGGAAACGUUAGACGGAAAAAGAUACUAUGCCGAUAAGGUGGUCUUGGCUGCCGGUGCUUGGAGUCCAACCUUGGUAGAUUUGGAGGAUCAGUGUGUUUCGAAGGCCUGGGUUUUCGCUCAUAUCCAACUCACGUCCCGGGAGGCGGCCGAGUACAAGAAUGUGCCCGUAGUAUACGACGCCGAAUACGGUUUCUUUUUCGAGCCCAAUGAACAUGGAGUAAUCAAAGUCUGCGACGAGUUUCCCGGGUUUUCUCGAUUCAAGCAGCAUCAACCUUACGGUGCCGCCUCGCCCAAGAUGAUAUCCGUUCCUCGGUCACACGCCAAAAACACCACAGAUACCUACCCAGACGCUUCUGAGGCGACCAUUCGAAAAGCGAUCGCAAGGUUCAUGCCACGCUUCACGGACAAGGUUCUUUUCAACCGGACCAUGUGCUGGUGCACCGAUACUGCCGACGCGAAUCUACUGAUUUGUGAGCAUCCCAAGUGGAAGAACUUUAUCCUGGCCACUGGAGAUAGUGGCCAUUCCUUCAAGCUCCUACCCAACAUUGGAAAGCACGUUGUCGAGCUGUUAGAGGGAUCUCUGUCGCAAAACUUAGCUGAUGCGUGGAAAUGGAGACCAGGAGGCGAUGCCCUUAAGUCUAGACGCGGUGCUCCACCAAAGGAUCUUGCUGAUAUGUCGGGGUGGAAACAUGAUGCAAAGCUAUGA